GGCUUUCGGAGCCCAGCCAUUUGGGCCUGACUCACAAGAAGAUAGGCCCAAUCUGUUACAACGGCGAAUCAUCGAAACAGCGGCGAGCUCAUUCUCAACUCAGCAGCUGCAGCAGUGUCACCGAGAGAAGCCAGCGGAAUUUUUGCAGGGAGAGAGGUCGGGGUUUAGGGUUUUCGAAGGCCUCACAGUCACUGGUCUGCAACAGACGGAGCAAGGAACGGAAGAAGUAGGAAUCAAAAGGGAGUCGGGAAAGCUAAAGAGAUGAAGUCGGUGGUGGGAGUCGUCGUUUCCAACAAGAUGCAGAAAUCGGUGGUGGUCGCCGUCGACAGACUAUUCCACAACAAGGUCUACAAUCGCUACGUCAAACGCACCUCCAAGUUCAUGGCCCACGACGAGAAAGACGCCUGCAACAUUGGAGACCGAGUGAAAUUGGAUCCUUCGAGGCCAUUGAGCAAGCAUAAGCGUUGGGUUGUUGCUGACAUUCUGAAGAAAGCACGGAUAUACGUUCCUCCUUCUGCUGCUAAUCAGACUGCAUCAACAGCUUCAUCUGAACUUCCAGCGUCUUCAAUCUCUUAA